AUGCCAGAUUUUUCAGAAAUGUCAAAUAUAAGAGAAUUGUAUCUAGGUGAUUCAGGCAAACUCACUGAGAUUCCAGGCCUGGAUAAGUCAUUAAACUCCAUGACAAGGAUUCAUAUGGAAGGCUGCACCAAACUGACUGCCGAUUUUAGAAACAACAUCCUACAGGGAUGGACUUCUUGCGGAUAUGGUGGCAUUUUUCUCAGUGGAAAUGAUAUUCCUGAUUGGUUCCACUGUGUCCAUGACGAUGAUAUUGUGUCUUUCACUGUGCCUCGAAGUGAUGGUCGUAAUUUGAAAGGGUUAACUUUGUCCGCUUACUCUUCAGACUGCUACGGUACCCGUUGUCGUAUUAGCAUUAAAAACAUGACCAAGGGUACUGAGCUUGACGCCAGGAUCACACCCGUUUCCAAUUAUCCAAAUACGGGGUUAUUAUCUUUGGCAGGGACAGUUAUCGAAUGA